AAACAAUACAGAUAAACCAAAUCCAACACCAAUUUUUCCACCUGAAGAUGAUGGUAGACAACUACCCACAACAACAAUUAAUACUCUAACUACAACUAUUAAUCAACCUACAACAACAAUUAAUACUUCAACUACAACUAUUAAUACUCUAACCACAACUAUUAAUCUUAUGACAACAAUUACAACAAUUAAUACUCUACUAAUUAUAACCACUCCUUUACCACUGAGACCAACUAAUUUUCCAAAAAUUUUAACAACUGAAACAUCUACAACAAGUAAACCAAUUCUUUCUUUAACUAUAAAACCUUCUAAUGUAAUAACAACACGAUUUAUUAAUUUUAUCAGUUGUCCAAUUUGUAAAAAUGAAUUCAAAGAAAGUGAAAUUGAACAACAUUUAAAAGAACAUAUUAAAAAUCUUUUAUCAAAAGAUACUGUUAAUAAUAAACUAGAGAUAAAAAAACAAUCAAUUGCAUUUGAUAAAAUAAAAGAAUUAGUUAGUAAACUUACAGAUAUUCAA